GGUCGUUAGUUUACAUCUAUCAUAAUUUUAAGAAAGGAUGUCUCCAAGCAGCCAUACAUGCUAUCUUAAAAGUGCCUCUUAGACACUCAAUAUUAUUGAACAACAUUAAUGAUUGUCUAAGGCUCUAAGGACUUUAAUCAUACAAAUGUGAGAUUUACAAAAAAAUACAUUUUUUUUAGUAUGUAGAAUAUGUGCAUUAAAUCAUUUAGGUCAAAGAAUCUGAUCGAUUUGCGAUAGUGUGUAUCGAGUGUGUACGACAAAAUGCAAAACCUUGUUCUGAGUAUGACGCGCGAUUAACGACCGUGGGAAAUUGAUAAAGAACGUCAUAAAGUGCGAUAGCCAUAACGCGCGAAAGCCAUAAACGACGCGAUAACCGCUCUCAGGUUCCUCUCUGUUCAUACUCAACACUGUUCUCAUUUCAAAUUUCGCGCCUCGUGAAAUGUGCGCAAGCUCAAACAAGACGAACGCUAGUGCCCCACCACGCUGCCAUCGAUGAACUGUCACCCGUACUCGCCUACUGAUUACUGAUGACUUCACGGAAAUGUAAUUAUUAUUUUACAAUCGCGAGGAGUGCUCCGAUGUUUUGGCCGAAGAGAAGCGACUGAUCGAUUAAUCGAUUAUUACUCCCAGACAGAUAGAAAUCCGUACGAUAUCGGUGUGCUACACUCUCGGAGACGGAGUAAACAAAAGUGCGCAGCUGCUCCUUCAAUUAAACGCUUUGUUUUUUAUCGAGAUCAAAAUGCCAAUUUUAUACAGCGUAGUAGCUCGUGGUACGAUUAUAUUGGCGAAACAUGCGGCGUGUGUUGGAAACUUUGAAGAGGUCACCAUGAAAAUUUUGGCAAAGAUACCACCGGACAAUGACAAACUCACAUACUCGCAAGGGCCUUAUCUCUUUCACUACAUCUGCGAGGAUCGCCUCAUUUACAUGUGCAUUACCGACGAUGACUUUCAAAGAUCCAGGGCAUUCUUGUAUCUCAAUGAAAUCAAGAGAAGAUUUUUGGCUGUUUAUGGACCAGGUGCUCAAACUGCCCUAGCUUAUGCCAUGAACACAGAAUUUGGCCGUGUUUUAGCCAACGAAAUGAAGCAUUACAGCGAAUCUAAAGAUCUUGAUAGAUUGUCCCAAGUUCAUGGCGAGUUGGACGAGCUCAAAGAUAUUAUGGUAAAAAAUAUCGAUAACAUAGCGAUGCGCGGCGAGCGGUUGGAACUGCUUGUAAACAAAACGGAGAACUUAUCUGCCAAUUCUGUGACGUUCAGGAAAACGAGUAGAAACCUGGCACGCUCCUUGUUUUGGAAGAAUGUUAAAAUCUACGUCAUUGUUGGCGCAAUUUUAAUCUUUGUAAUAUAUGUGAUAGUCUCUAUAACAUGUGGCGGGCUGGCUUGGCAGAAAUGUGUGGGAAAUUAAUUCAUGUGUAAGAUACAGUGUUCAAAUACUGAUGGUAUAAACUUUAUGCAAAUAGAAAAGAAAAGUGCGAGAAUUUAGUAUGAGACUGAUGAAAACAAUUAGAUCCGCGUGAUUACACUAUUUACAAUUUAUUGUUAUGUCUUCGUUUAAAUAAUACUGUAAGAACAUUAUACUAAACACACACACACACACACACACACACACACACACACACACACACACACACACACACACACACACACACACACACACACACACACACACACACACACACAUUAUAUAUAUAUAUAUAUAUAUGUAUGUAUAUAUACAUGUCUGCAAUAUAUUUAUCCAUAAUGCUUGUAUUAUGAUUAUUUUAUAAAAAUCGUAACACUUACAGUUUAUAUAUCUAAUAUCGACAAAACAUAUAUGUAUAUGUAUAAAACCCAUUUUAUUUUUUACACCGAAAUAAGCAUCGUAUACUUUAAUUUACGGAAAGCGAGAAUAAAAACGUUUUCUUGUUC